GUCCUUUUGUCCGUUAUUCUCAAUUUAAAUCACAUUGAAGCUUCGACCCUCUCUAUAUCUCUCUCUCUCUAACUCAAUUUCUCAGUGUGUGUUUCUCGCUCUAGAUUCUCACCCGAAGAAGUGCCUGGUCUUUCUUUGGUCUUUCUUAUCUUGAAAGAAAAUGGGUCGUGGAGUCAGUGCUGGUGGGGGGCAGAGUUCUUUGGGCUACCUGUUUGGAGGUGGAGAGACUACAAGUACUCCUCCAGCUGCUCAGAACCAGGGCAAGAGUGUAAACGCUGAGCCUUCCCCGAAGCCUGCAGCUGCUCAAAACCAGGGGAAGGGUUCAAAUACUGAGCCUUCCCCGAAGUCUGCUAGUGCUUCACAGCCAGUGGAGAACAACGGCAAGCAGAUUCCAGCUGGCAUUCCUGGCAAUAAAGUAAACAACUACUUUAGGGCAGAUGGGCAGAACUGUGGCAACUUCCUCACGGAUCGUCCUUCAACCAAGGUCCAUGCUGCCCCUGGUGGUGGUUCUUCCCUGGAUUACCUCUUUGGUGGUGGUGGGAAGUGAUGAUGUCUCUGGUCCUGGAUAGUGUUUUUAAUUGCUUUGUAUCUUAAUCUUGAAACCUGCUUGAACCUUUUAUUAUCACACAAUGUUUUUUUAUGCAACUUUCAUGGGAUUAUUGUGCCUAGAUUUACUUGGUCAGAAAUCAAAAUGCAAGUGCUUAAUGCAUUCGUUAAUUAAAA